UCACAUUAUUAAACUGGAACGGAUACAGUAUCGCUGUUUACGAAUUGCCUUAGGUUGCAUGCAGUCGACCCAUACGAUGAGUCUUGAAGUACUAGCGGGAGUUCUUCCUUUAAAAGACCGAUUCUGGGAUCUUUCUUCUCGUUUACUUAUUCGAUGUGAGGUUAUGAACCCACUGGUAAUUGAAAAUUUUGAAAGACUUGUCGAGCUUCAACCCCAAACCAGAUUCAUGACAGUGUAUUUCAAUCACAUGUCACAAGAAAUAACGCCUGCUAGGUAUGUUCCCACAUACGUCAAUAUACUAGAUAUUCCUGAAUCCACUUUAUUCUUCGACACGUCCAUGCAAGCAGAGAUUCGUGGAAUUCCGGAUCAUCUACGCUCGCGGGAGAUCCCUAAAAUAUUCACAAGUAAAUAUCAACACAUAGACUGCCUUAAAAUGUUUUACACUGAUGGGUCACGAAUCAGUGAGGCCACUGGUUUCGGUAUUUUCAACAAUAAUUUUUCAAUUUCUCUCAAACUUGCAGAACCCGCCUCUGUUUAUAUAGCGGAACUAGCAGCAGUUCACUAUAGUUUGCAAAUAAUUAAUACUUUACCCCCGAACCAUUACUUUAUCCUCACUGAUAGUCUCAGCACAAUUGCAGCUCUACGCUCAAAGAGGAUUGAUAAUCACGAUCCAUUCUUUUUGGGGAAGAUACGAGAAUCUCUGAGUAACCUGACAAGAAAAUGUUAUAAAUUUACCCUAGUGUGGCUCCCCGCCCAUUGCUCUAUUGCGGGCAAUGAGAAAGCUGAUAAUUUAGCCAAGAUUGGUGCACUAGAUGGUGAAAUAUAUGAAAGACCCAUCGCUUACAAUGAAUUUUAUAGCGCUUCUCGACAGAGGACACUUGCUAGUUGGCAAACAUCUUGGGACAAUGGAGAUAUGGGACGAUGGCUACACUCAAUUACCCCUAAAGUAUCAACGAAGGCAUGGUUCAAAGGAUUGGAUGUAAGUCGGGACUUCAUCCGUGUGAUGUCUAGGCUCAUGUCCAAUCAUUAUACUUUAGAUGCGCAUCUCCGUCGUAUUGGGCUCGCUGAGGGUAAUCAUUGUGCUUGUGGAGAAGGUUACCAUGACAUUGAGCAUGUUGUUUGGUCCUGCACUGAAUAUCGUGAAGCCAGAUCACAAUUAGUAGAUUCUUUACAAGUCCGAGGAAGACCAAUCCAUGUUCCUGUUAGAGACAUCCUGGCGUAUCGCGAUCCUCUAUACAUGGAACUUAUCUAUCAUUUUCUAAAAACAGCGUCUGUCAAAAUUUAAUUAAAUUCAUCUCCUCAUACUCUCAUCCAAGGCUAAUCAUUCACCAAUUAAAGGAACCUAGAAUAUUUAGUUUUUAAAUUUAGACAAUAACAGAAAAAAGUAAAUAAAUACACCCGAAAAUACUAGAUCAGUAUGAAAUACAACAAUGUAAGGAAAAAAGCAAACAAUAAAGUGAUUUCAGUGUUAGUUUUAGACAAAGUACUAGUAUAGUUAAAAUUAGUCUUAAGGAUUUUUGUAACGUGCUAUGUAAAAAAAGAAACUGGCGUAAAAAGCUAUUGCAAAUGCCGUGUCAAAUAAACGUAUGAAAAAAAAAAAAAAAAACGGCGGCACACGCGAUAAGAAUAGUGGCGGAAUGGAUGAGCGCGAGAGGCC